UUAAAUGCACACCUCCAUCCAGAGACACCUCAUCUAAUGCUGGAGUGAUUUACCUGACUUCAAAUAGAUUAUUCGGCAGAAGAUAUGAACAGCUCGGUAAUGGAACUGAAAAUAAAACUGAUGGGAGGAGAUGAGAGGAGUCUGGAAGUGAGAGGUGAUGCCACGGUUGGCGAACUCAAGCAGCUCAUUUCUGAGCUCUUCAGAGAGCCUCCUUACAAACAGAGGCUUUCUGCCGAGAACGGUUCCCUUAUCAGCCUUGAUUCCAGAAAACUCAGCGAAUACGGUUUGCAUUCAGGCUCAGUUGUGAUCCUGCUCAUCAACAAACCUUUCCAGGUGUUUGUUCAAAACGAAAAAGGCAAAAUAGGAACGUAUGAUGUUGAUGUCAAUGAGACCGUAGAUCAGCUCCAGACUAAGAUCUACAACAAAGAGAGAGUCCCAAAGGAUCAGCAGAAACUGAUUUACAAAGGCAAACAGCUGGAGUCUGGCAAGAAGUUGCAAGACUACGGCAUCACGUCAGGAGACACCAUUUACAUGACUCUCCGGCUCCGAGGAGGUUCAUAGAGAUUUAUAAUUGAUCCAAUUCAUUAAUAAAUAAAAACUACAUUUGCCAAAAUAGAAAAUCUGGAUAAGAUUAUCUGUAAAUGCACAUUUAUGCCUGUUUAUUACCUAUUCUAUUUAAUAUCUUGUGUCAGAAUAUUUAUUUUAUUUUGAUUUAAUGUAUUCAUGUCAUUUAUUAAACUGAUACAAUCUGGAAUAAGUGUAACUUUACUCAUACAGUUCCAGUUUAAGAUGUCUGCAUAUGUGCUGCUGGCCAACAUUUGUUGUUAAAUAAAAUGU